AUGGCUUCAGAAUACAAACGCAUCCGUCUUGUCCGCCUCGCUCACGUCUACUAUACACACCGAGACCUCGCGGCAGCCUCUCAAUUUCUUGCAGACUUCGGCUUCCAAGAGCACACACAGGUAGUGUCAGAGACCGGAGAAAGAACGAUCUUUUAUCAUGGCACAGAUACCAAACAGCCAUUCGUGUAUUGUGCACGUGAAGGCCCUGAAGACGCCUUUGGUGGCGCCGCCUUCGUGGUUGAGUCGCGCGAGGACCUAGAGUACGCCGCUAAGAUCCUGCCUGGGGCAACUGGGAUUGUUGAUAUGGAUCUGGACGAGCGCAGUGUCCCCGGGGGUGGCCUUUGCGUUACCUUUACGGACCCGAUUGACGGGUUUCCCUUUCACCUGGUUUGGGGGCAGAGAGGGCUAGAGGUGGCGGGGGAUCAGGGGGGUGCGUUGCCAGUCCUGAAGUAUAACACGCCUACGGAGAAGCAUCGAGCGGGUAACAGCACUCAGAGAUUCAAGCCAGGCCCAGCUCCGGUGCACAAGCUUGGGCACUUUGGUAUGUGCGUGACGGACUUUGCGCGCGCCUACGAGUUCUACACGACCCGGUUUAACUUCAAGCCUAGCGACCUCAUCCAUGACCCAGAAGGCACAGACAUAACUGCCUUCCUGCACCUCGACCGUGGCCGCGAGCUCGUCGACCACCACUGCUUCUUUCUCUUCGAGGGCCCCAAGUGGCAUGUGCAUCACUCAUCGUUCGAAACGCAUGAUUUUGAUACACAGUUGCUAGGCCACCACUGGUUGAGGGAUAAGGGCUACAGGAACUGCUGGGGGGUCGGGAGGCAUAUUAUGGGAAGUCAGAUUUUCGAUUACUGGUUCGAUCCGUCCCAGUUCAUUGUCGAACACUACGUUGAUGGGGACUUGGUGGAUGAGACCUAUCCGAUUCAUCGCAGCCUCGCUUCACCAAACAGCUUGCAUAUUUGGGGACCUGAUCUUCCCGAUGGAUUCCUGGAGUAA